CCUUCACUCUCUAGAACUCGAGAAGCUAGGAAUUGAGUUGAGAGAGAAAGGCCGCAAGCCGAAAGAUGGGGCAGCAGUCGUUGAUCUACAGCUUCGUGGCGAGAUCGAGAGGCACGGUGAUCCUCGCCGACUACACUGAUUUCUCCGGCAACUUCGCGAGCAUAGCUUAUCAAUGCCUGCAGAAACUUCCGGUGAGCAAUAACAAGCCGUACUACGUUUACAACUGCGACGGCCACACCUUCAACUACCUCGUAGAAGAUGCUUUCAUAUAUUGUGUUGUUGCUGUAGAAUCUAUUGGCAAUCAAAUUCCACGUGGUUUUCUUGAGCGCAUUAAGGAAGAGUUUACCAAGAAAUACGGUGGCGGAAAAGCUACUACUGCUGUUGCUCACAGCUUAAACAAAGGAUUCGGGCCCAAGCUCAAGAAACAAAUGCAGUAUUGUGUGGAUCAUCCAGAAGAUAUCACAAUGCUUGCAAAGGUGACGGCUCAGGUUUCAGAGCUCGAAGGGGUGAUAAAGGAAAAAGUACUUGAGGUUCUUGACCGUGGAGAGAAGCUCGAAAUUUUGUUGGAAAAAACAGAGAACCUUCGAUUAGAGGCACAGGAGUUCAAGGCACUGGGUAAGACGAAGUGGAAAAUGUGGCAACAGAAUUCGAAAAGAAAGCUAAUUUGCGGAUGUUUCUGUCUCAAGGGUUAAAGACUAACUGCGUGUUUGGUUCAUGGAAUAGGUCGAGAAUAUAAUAAUAUUUCCUAAAAUAUAAUAGACAUAUUCCAUUGUUUGUUUGUCUUUUCAUUCAUGGGAAUAGCAUUCCCGGGAAUGAGCUAUUCCCUUUGUAGGGGGAAUAGCCAUUCCUGGGGAACCCCCCUGGUAUUAGCUAUUCCCAAGUAUUUGCGAAUAUCUUUUGUACCAUAAUACCAAAAAUACC